AUGUUAUCGCUGCUAUUCAAAGAGUCGCUCACCGAAGAGCAAAAUACGCAAUUGUUCUAUGAAUUCCAGGAAUACCCACAAAAAUAUGAGCAUUACAUUCCGGAUAUUCACACGAAGUUAAGCGUAUACGUUGGAGAUAGGAAAUUGGCACAACAAAUGGCAGACAAGCUGAAACACGAAGGUUUCAAGUUCAUCACCCAAAUUCACCAAGGAAAACCAUUCUUCCAUGACGAUUUUCUGAGUAUUUCGGAACAAACGGAGUCGAAAUGUUUGGAUAGUAUCACAGAUACCGCGGCAGACAUGAGCAACAAUUUCCAAACUCCAAUUUUUGCUCAUCCGACAGCAACUCCAGUUUCGAGAAUGGAACGAAAACCUACUGUCAGAUUCCCUUCUAUCAGAAACGAUUUGAAUCAAUUAUUGAAUCCUCUCCCAGAGCCGUCACCACCUGUCCCAUCAUCUCAACAGUAUGUUACCAUGGAGCAUUUUGAAGAGCUCAGUAGAAAGGCUAAGGAUCAACUCAACGAGUUUUCGAUCAACUUGAUGAGCAAAGUGGAAGCGCUCACUGCAUCUGCAUCUCGUACUGGAAUCGUUCAUGAUCACUCGGGGUACACAAUUCCAGCUCCAUCUCCUGCUGCACCAGUGGCUGAAAUGAGACCUCCGCCAGUGAUGGCGCAGUACAAAGCGAAGAAUGAGUUAAUCGCAAAUGGAAUUCGAUGUGAAAAGUGCAACAAGACAGUCAAAGACGUAGAGCCAAUUACGAAGCUGAUCAUGUCGGUUCGCGAUCAUGUUAUGUCUCAUUUCGACAGUGAAAAUCCGCUUCUCAAAAGACUUUCCUGUCGCGAUUGUCCUGAUUAUCGCACUAACUUCGUUGAUGAUUUCGAAAAGCAUCUGAAAAGACAUGGCUCAAUGACUUCAAUAACAGAGAAACGACAGAAGUUGACUGAGAAUUUGCUCACAGAAACAUAUCUCAAAGAGCUUUCACAGCUGUCCAACCAAUGCUUCCCAGAAGUUUUUGAAAAUGCUCCGCCAUCAAUCAAUACUAUCAUGGCUGUCGACACUCCAUUGAAGGCCAAAAUUUCCGUCUUUCCUCGUCUCGACCGUCUCUAUUGCUCCAAAUUCAAUAUCCCAUAUGCCUCUACUGGACGUGCGUCUCUUCCAGCUCCAUUGAUCAGAAUUGACUGA